AUGAACACGGCAUCAAAGAUUGACAGCGAAGAGUCGAUCAAGUCGAUGUUCUCCAUCGGGGACGAAAGAGCCAAGCAAAUCCAUUCUCUUGCCGUGCGUGAGCUGAAGGCAGGGAGGGGCGUCCGAGACUUUAAGCUCACAAGGGAGGAAGGCUUCGUGGAGUUCCGCGCAUCCAUCGGGAAGCAGAUCAUGUUCUGCAAGCCGGGUCACGAGGAAGCAGCACGAGCAGACGAGAUAAGAAGCACGCACGAAAAGUACGUGGAAAUCGUCGCCACCAAGCCCCCGCAAGUAAAGAAGCCGUCUUGCUUCCCAGCGAAGACGGAGCCUUCCAGAGCUUCCGGUCAAGGCGCGAAGCAGGAGGAUGUGCGGCAGGCUCAUGGUGGCAACCCGGCAGAGGUGGAGGUGGCGAAGGCAAAGAGAAAGAGGGAGAAGAAAGGAAAGAAGGAGAGCAAGCAGAAGAGGGAGAGGAAGGAGAAGAAGCAGCACAAGAGCGACAGGGAUGCCACGAAGAAGCAUCGGAAGGAGGAGAAGCGGAGGCGGAGGAAAGAGAGGAGGAGAAGGAAGAAAGAGAGGAGGAGGAAGAGGAAGGAGAAGAAGAAGCGGAAGAGAGCCGCGAAGCUCGCAGGCCGACAGGUCAAACCUGUGGAGCCGAAGGUGAAGCGCCGACAGGAGUCGCUGUCAUCUGAGAGUAGCAGUGAUGACAGCAGCCUUAGCAGCUUCAGCUCCUCGCUCAGCAGCAGCAGCAGCAUCAGCAGCCAAAGCGCAAGCAGCGACAGCAGCGGCAGCCGAAGUGCCGCAGGCACAGUGCCUUCUCACCGGCCCUUGCAGGCGAAGGUGAAGCAGGAGCAGCCAGCCCUAUCAGCUGCGACGUGCAAAGACUCGGCCAGGGGUGGCUCAGGCCCAUCAGAACCGGCAGAGGAGGCCUUGGCGUCCGACGCCCAGGUGCCCUCUGCAAGAUUCGGGCCUCCGGCGGCUUUCCCUGCGAGUUCUAGCAGAGGAGAUGCUGUGGAUGCUGUGGCGCCGGCGUCUGUGCAAAUCAACGCCAAGGCUCCAUUUCGGAUACUGCGGCCUCCGACGCUCUCAGGUGUCCCGAAAGCUGCCAAAGCCAAGGCAGAAUCCUUGUGCAACUCACAGAAGUUGCACAUGAGCAAGACGCGGAGCAAGUGCUGGAAGGAACGCCUCAGCAGACGUGUCUUGCACGUGUUGAUUGCUGGUUCUGGCUUGUUUUCUGACAAGUCCCACGUAAUGCUUCUUUGCUUCUUGAACAUCCCCCUUGCAGGAAAUGAAUUGGCGCCGAAGGCCAUAAAGGUGAUGCUUUGGGGGCAAUUGGCUGCACCAGCUGUGCGAGGCACCACCUUCGACGCUGCAGCCUGCCGCAGGAAUCCGGGCUCUGUUUUUGGGUGGGUUUCGGCCUGGCCUCGGGUGAUUGGAGCGAAUUUAACCCCGUUGCAGGUGUCCCGAAAGUUGACAAAGCGGACAGAGGAACGUCUCAGCCUGUGCGCGUUGCAUGCGUUGAUUGCCGAGCUCUGGCCUGUGUUUUGGCUUCGAAAUCAUCCCCCUUGCAGGACACGAAUUGGCGCCUGCCCAGAAAAAGGCCAGAGAAGUGAUGUCUUGUGGGAGUUGUUUGCACUGUUUGCACCAGCUGUGCAAGGUAGCACCUUCGGUACCACCUUCGACGCUGCCGCCUGCCACAGGAAUGUGGGCUCCGUUUUGGGGUGGGUUUCGGAUUCGGGUGAGUGGAAACCGCUGGAGCCCCCUGCAGGCGUCCCGAAAGCUGCCAAAGCCCAGGCCAACACUUUGGCCAUUGACAGAGCUGAGUAA